AUGAAGUUCGGUAAGAGCAUUGUCGCAUCCCAAGUCGCGGGCUGGUCCGAGUACUACCUCAACUACAAGGCGCUCAAGAAGAUCAUCAACAGCCUCGCGGCUGGCCGGCCAGCAAGCGAAGUCGCGAUCCUGGCCACUGGCGGGCGCGUAAAGAAGCAUAGCGCAGACUUUGCUUCUCCUGCCACGAGCGCGGUUGAGACGCCCACCUUCCCCGCCAUCGAUGCCACACUCUCCCUCGGUGCACCUGCCGAGCCGGAGGUCGAGACUGAUGCCGCGCCUGAUACUCCCUCCAUCGCCAUCACUGCCGACAGCGUGGAAGACGGGUUCGACCUCGAGCCUCUGCCGGCCCAGGCAUUGCCGCCCGCAGCAGGGGGAUCCCACGCGAUGAUCAGCGCCAGUAAUCGCAACGGUAAUGCACCUGGAGACAGCUUCAAGGCCCAUCGCGACGCAUUCUUCUUCCUUCUCCAACGCGAGCUCGAGAAGAUCAACCAGUUCUACCUCGUCAAGGAGCGCGAGCUCCGUCUGCGCUUACUGACACUCCUCAGCAACCGCAAGCGGUUGUUGCGCAGUCAGCGCGAGCUCAAUGCGGACGGAGAUGUCAGCGAAGGCGAGAAGCGCUCGGCAGAGUGGAGCUCGCUCGAGGAAGGCUGGCGCCUGUUUGAGCGUGACCUCGGCAAGCUCCAGGGCUUUAUCGAGAUCAACGCGACCGGCUUCCGCAAGAUCCUCAAGAAGUGGGACAAGCGCUCCAAGUCCAAUACCAAGGAACUCUACCUCGAGCGCCAGGUCGAGGUUCAGCCGUGCUUCAACCGCGAGUUUAUCGCGCGCCUCUCGGACAUUGUCGCGGCCAACCUCGUCGACAUGGGUAACGGGAUCGACCUCGUUUCCGCAUCUUUACUAACGGCUGACCUUCCCAAGCCGGUUUCAGAUGACGCCCUCACCUUUGACCGCGAGGACUACGAGUCGGAUCCCGGGGAAGCGCUCGCUGCCGACGCCCUCCUCGACCUGGAGGUCAACCUUCCCAAGGUCAUCGAGGGUGGGCGCGACUCGCUCGCCCACUGGCUCAAGCAGGCCAAGCGCCUGCUGGCAAGGGACAAGACAGGCAGCCGCGCCAUGCGCAUCGCCUGGCGCGCAGCUCUGACUGUCCCCGACGACUACCUCGAUCUCGUGUUUGCCCUCCCUCUCGACUUCCACUAUGUUGACAAAAUCAACGACCGCGGGCCUCUCCACCUUGCGUGCAUUAAUGGAUGUCUCAAGCUCGUGGAAACAUGCAUUGAGAAGGCACCAGAACUGAUCGAGCGUGAGGACGCGUACGCCCGCCACCCCAUCCACUAUGCGGCCAUGCACGGACAUCCGUCCAUCGUCUCGUUGUUACUCAACGCGCGUGCCAAGUGCAACCCGACUGACAAGGACGGGUACACACCGCUCAUGCACGCCAUCACCCAGGGCCACCUCGAGGUGGUGCGUAUAUUCGUUACGGGCGAGGCCGACGUGGAGCCGACCGCACUCUCGACCGACCUCAUUCCCUUAUCCCUGGCGUGCCAGUAUGGGCAUGUGGAGGUUGCCGAGCUGCUGCUCAAGCGCGGUGCCAAGAUCCGUCCCAAUUCUGAGGGAUUGUAUCCCAUGCACGUCGCGGCCAAGGCUGGCCACGAGGCAAUCUGUCGCCUGCUUGUUGACCAGGGCAAGGGCGGCGGAAAGGACAAGCCCGACAAGUACAACCUCUGGACACCGAUGCACCACGCCGCUGUCGGCGGGCGGGCCGAGCAUCUCGCUUGUAUCCGUGUGCUCGUGGAAGCUGGAUGCGACGUGAACGCGCUGGACGAGUACGGCAAGUCGCCAGGGUGGUACGCGGCGUGGUUUGGCCAGGUGCUGAUCCUCAACUUCCUCGUCGAGUCUGGUGCGCGCCUCAGCCCGAGGGAGACGGAGAUCCGCGGGAUGGAGAACCUUGGGCUGUCGGCCGACCCACAGAUGGAUGGCAUGUCGCCAGGGUCCGACGUUGAGCUCGAGCCGCCCAUGGAGGAGUUUGAGCUCAUUCCGUCGCUGUCGCUCCCGCCGCCCAUGGUGCCGCUGCGUGUGUACGGCCACGAGUUCUUAGCCAAGCGCUGCCUCGUGCAGCUGUCUCUUGGCCACCCGUACUCUAAGGGCCACGAGAAGCUGCCGCCGGUCAAGAUCUAUUCGCGCUCUUCGGGCGCUGACACCCUGCACAUGUGGUCGAGCCUCAAACUCGUGAUGACGUCAAAGUCGGACACGACGAUAAACCCGCACUCGGUCAUCCUCCCGCUCGCCGACCCGCGCGAGGUCUUCUCCUUCCAGGUUCAGUCGCUCGAGAAGUUUACGCUUGAGGUGUCGCUGUACCCGACGUUCGGGUCCAAAGUCAUCGGCCGGGCGCUCAUCCACCCGUCGACGUUUACCAACAUCCAGGACCACAAGGGAUUCACUGCGUUCCUCGUCGACCACCACCUCAAGACGAUCGGCGAGGUCUCGUUCGAAGUCAGCUGUAUCCAGCCGUUUGAGGGCGCGCAGCUCGAGAUCGGCGGUCGCGUCGAGACGUACUGGAAGAGCACCGUUGCGCCGCCGAAUACGGCGCAGGACCACGCACACAAUGUCCAGUCCCACCGGCCCAUCGGCGUGUCCUCCCUUCCGCCGUCCGCGCGCCCGGCUGUCGCCGCACCGACGCAGGUCGAGCCCGCCCUCGUGACGGCCUCGUCUCUGAGCGGCGACUACAUGCGCCUUCAGGUGCAGGUGACGCGGGACGGCGUCCCCGUUGUCUACGCGGGCGCGAAGCUGCCUGUGCCUGGCUUGGACGUGGGCGUUUCGAACUUGACGUACGCACAGUUCGAGGCGUUGGCCGAAGCACACGGGCGCACCCUUCCGAAGAGCGCAAGUGCCGACUCUUUUGCAGGAUGGCACGCUCUCGUGGCAGGCCAGAUGGCCAGCGUCAAGGACGUGCUCGACCUCGUGCCGCCAGACAUUGGCGUCAACCUCUGCCUUAAGUACACCCGUGCAUUUGACGCCGCCCGCCUCGGCAUUGAGACCAGCAUCGAGGUCAACGCGUUUGUAGACACCGUCUUACAGGUCGUGUAUGACGCUGGGAGGGAUACCCCAGGGAGGCGCUUCCUCUUCUCCUCGUUUGACCCGACUGUGUGCACUGCGCUGAACUGGAAGCAGCCAAAUUACGCUGUCAUGUUUGUGUCCUACUGUGGCCUUGACAGACACCAGGACGGCGGGGCAAAACUUGUCCCUGUUCCUUUCGGCUCGGAGCCCGACAACCGGUGUCUUAGCGUACGCGAGGCGGUUAACUUUGCCAAGCAGACCAAUCUCCUCGGUGUCAUCCUCGAGGCAACGACUCUGGCUGCUGUCCCGAGCCUCGUCGCCAGUGUCAAGGACGCAGGGUUGCUUCUGGCGGCCUUUGGCAAUGACCAGGUUGUCGCUGGCCUGAGGCAAGGGAGCGGGGACGGCAGGACAGUGGACGCGUAUUGUACGAAUGGAAUCAUGACCCUCGUGAUAUAG